CAGAGACGGGAGGAUGUGAGGAGAAGAUGCCCAGUAACGGGACUAAAACCGGGACCUGCACCGGGACCAGCACCGGGUCCACCAGCACAGGAAGCACCGGGCCCAGUAACGGAAUCAGCACAGGGACCACUACCGGGACAAGCACCGGGACCGGGUCCAUGCAGAAGUUCCUGCCGGUGGCGGUGACGGUGUCCGGUGCACUCGCGCUGCUGCUGCUGCUCCUCGCCCUGUGCACGGACCACUGGUAUGAGACCGAUACGCGACGCCACAAGGAGAACUGCGACCGGACCGGAACUGAGUCAAGCGACCAGCAGAACCGGGACAUGCCGAUCUACCACCUCCCGCUGCUGGAGUCCGGGGGGGGCAACCGCACGCGCAUCAAGCCCGUGCACGUGGGAAGCCGCGAGGACGAGCUGCUGGAGAACUGGCGCGCGAUCCUCGGGAUGGGCAUCCUCGAGACCGCGUGCGGGAGGCCACUGUUCCCCGCGCACUCCGGACUGUGGAGGAAGUGUUUGCGCGGAAGAGACCCGGACAUAGACCGGCUCAUAGCCCGGGGGAUCGCUGAGCGCUGCACGCCCGUGAAGUAUCACUUCUCUCAGCCAAUCAGACUGCGGAACAUCCCUCUGAACCUGACCCGCAGCAUCCAGCAGGAUGAGUGGCACCUGCUGCACCUGCGGAGGAUCACAGCAGGGUUCCUGGGCAUGGCGGUGGCCGUCCUGCUGUGCGGCUGCAUCGUGGCAUCGGUGGGUUUCUACUGGGAGGAGAGUCUGACCCAGCAUGUGUCCGGACUGCUGUUCCUCAUGGCAGGGGUCUUCUCCACCAUUUCCCUGUGCACAUAUGCUGCCAGCGUGACCUACGACCUCUCCAGGAACCCCCCCUUUAUCUACGGGCUGCCCGCGGACGUGGACCACGGGUAUGGCUGGUCCAUCCACUGCGCCUGGGCUAGCCUGGGCCUCAGCGCCGCUGCUGGCUGCCUGGGAGCCGCCUCCCCCUUCCUGUGCCGCACCGGGGGGGCCAAGAACGCCCGCGAGUCCUCCGUGUGAGCUGUCAAUCAACCAGGUCAUGUGACCGAGUCUCUAAUGUGAUGCACUGUUAACCUGAAGCGCUGAAGUGUUUGUGAGACUGUGUCCACACACACACACACACACACACACACAUACAUACACACACACACUCUAUCAGUAUUCAGGACUCUGUGGCUGCACUGCGGUACACUGUGACAUCACUUCUGGCGUGGCCAAACACAGCCUCUCAUUACGCUAACCUCCUCUCAGCCAAUCAGGGCAAGCUAUAUGUAUUUAUUUAUUAUCUUCCCACCUUCAUGUUGUCAGAGUGAAUGCCCCCCUCCGGAUGAGAGAUACCUGGGCUCCUGCAGUCAGUGCCAGUUUGCCCCCCCCCCCCCCAGGUGCACAGGAACCAGGAGAGACGUUAACAUAAUGCAGAGCACCGGAGGCUGCGGCAGCUAACGUGCUAACAGGCUAGCUGCUGCCAAUCAAAAUACACCAACGUGUGCACUUUAUAACCCCCCUCCCCCCGCAGAAUGUUUAUCAUGAGGUGAGAAACAGGAUUUAAGCUCAGGAGCUCCAACAAGUGAGCACCAGGAAGGAGAACUUCAUUCUGAACCGGCUCACAUCAGACCCCCCCCCCCCCACUGAACACAGAAGAGCAACCACAACAAACAGAACAUACAGUUUAUAUUUCAUAAUAUCACG